AUGGCGUUCCUCGUGAAAUUUUUCCCCAUAAGCAAAACAAAUGCUUUGAGGGGAAAGAUAUCAAACUUCCAGCAGACUUCACUCGAAUGCAUUCCUAAGGCAUGGGAAAGGCUCCAGGAGUACAUCCGGGCCUGCCCCCACCACGGGAUGGAAGAUUGGCUCGUGCUUCAGAAUUUCUGCGAGGGGCUCACGCCCAUGUCUAAGGGGCAUGUCGAUGCCACUGUUGGAGGCGCGUUCCUCUCCCUGACCAUCGAGAAUGCUACGACAUUAAUUGAGAAGAUGGUAGCCAACCAGAGUUGGGAAGAGGAACGCAAAACACAAAAAGGCAUGCAUAUCGUGAAGGAGAUGGAUCUGCUUGCCGCAAAAAUAGACCUACUAAUGAAGAGAUUGGACGGACAGGCCACGGAUCCUACCACCAGCACUGUCCAAGCCAUCCACUCAUGCAUGACAUGUGAGGAAUGUGGGAAUGUUGGCCACAUGGGGAUCAAUUGCCCUAGAACCCAGGAGGACGCAUCGUUCAUCAACAACGGGUUCUCCCAACAACAGCAAGGUCAGGCCAAAAUCAUUGAAAAUCUUGUUAAAAAGCUUUCUGAAAACGAUCAAAUGUUUGUCAACAUAAAUACAAAACUCGAUGGCCUGACCCUAUCUGUUAGAGAUCAGCUAGCUUUUAAUAAGAAGAUCGAGUUAAAAGUAGCUCAGCUUGCUUCUGCCACUAAAGCUGUGGUUUCUCCUGAUUCUGUGGAAAAUAUAAAUGCGGUGACCACGAGAGGGGGUAAGACCACUCAUGAUCCCCCUUAUCCUAACCAUAAGACAGGAAGGGCGCCACGGCAACAGGAGGAAACACAGGCAGAAGGGCCGGCUCAACCAACAGAAGAAUCCAUGGAAGACAAGCCGACCCCAAACAACUAUGGGGACACCACGAUGCUACCCUUUCCCACAAGAGAAAGGAGGAAGAAAAAGAACGGAGAUGAACAGUUCCUCCGCUUUGUGGAAAUGGUCAAAAAGAUGCACGUCAAUGUACCGUUGAUGGAUGUCUUGCAUAUUCCGUCCUACUCCAAGUUCAUCAAGGACAUCAUCAACAAGAAGCGACCAUUACCAAGCUAA